GGGGGCGGCCGCGGCCAUGCUGCGCCCCAAGGCCUUGACGCAGGUGCUGAGCCAGGCCAACACCGGCGGGGUCCAGAGCACCCUGCUCCUGAACAACGAGGGGUCCCUGCUUGCCUACUCAGGCUAUGGGGACACCGAUGCCAGGGUCACUGCUGCCAUUGCCAGCAACAUCUGGGUGGCCUAUGACAAGAAUGGGCACCAGGCCUUCAAUGAGGACAACCUCAAAUUCAUCCUCAUGGACUGCAUGGAGGGCCGAGUGGCCAUCACACGGGUGGCAAACCUGCUGCUCUGCAUGUAUGCCAAGGAGACAGUUGGAUUUGGGAUGCUGAAGGCCAAGGCACAGGCGCUGGUCCAGUACCUGGAGGAGCCUCUCACACAGGUGGCAGCAUCCUGAGGGGCUCAGAGGUGUCACCAUGCCAA